GGGAUGUCAAAUUGUUCUUUAUUAUCUUCAUUAUUUUCGACGAAAGGAUAAUUAUUGAAAUACUCUGAUAAAUAAUCAACGGAGUUGUAUUCCUGAAAGCGUUCUAGCGGUGUAAAUAGAAUAUUACAUUUUGGCCAAAUAAGUUGUAGAUGAUGGAUUAGAAUAGCAAUUUAUAACAAAUAAAGAAAACUUUAGAAACCAAGAAAGUGAUCGGACUAAUGCUUUAAAUAAUCAAGUCGACCUUGGUUCUGAGAAAGUCACGAACUUCUCCUUCGUUCGCGAAUCCUUUCCUUUGGAGUUUUGCCGUUUCCGAAAAGACAGUUACGGCCUACAAGUGAUCUAACAAAAUGUGUGCCAUCCGGAGCACAGGCGUCCUGGGAGGGGAAAGGAAGAAAGAAGGACGCCUCGGUCGGCGCAGUAUUCGACUUGAACCUGCUAAGGCAAUAUGUCCUUCAAAGCACCUGCUUAGCCGAUGAUGAUCUUCAGGCUUUGUCUUCUCGUGUUCGCAGCAAGCUUUUUGGCGCCGCAUGUCAUCUCGGCGGCCGUCGCCACCCCGAGGGACAUCUCCAUGGUCGCCGCCUUCUUUCAAUGGUUCGAGACUGCCAUGGAAAUGGUUUUCGGCUAUUUUAUGGGAUCAAAGCCAAACGCUGAAAAGGAAAGGAAGAAAGGAACGACCAGGGAGUCUAGAGUUUCCUACGAUAACUACCACGUCCUCAGGGUGAUCCCAGGGAGCGACCAGGCCGUUCAAGAAUUGGAGAUGUUACUGGAUGAACCGGGGCUCGACUUUUGGAACCCUCCACUCAAAAACAGAACGACUGAUCUUCUAGCACCACCCGACCUCGCGGACUAUCUAAAGUUGUACCUUCAGGAGAGGGAAAUCCCAUUUUCAGUCCUCACCUCUAACCUACAGGCUGACAUGAAAAAUCAGAACCCAACACAAAUAAAUCGAUCGACACAACUCAAGAUUGAACAAGGACAUCCCAUGUCUUGGGAGCGAUACCACCGAUACAAAGACAUUGAAGCGUAUCUGGACUAUUUGGGCAAGACAGCUUCGGAACUUGUCAAAAUAAUAAAAAUUGGGAAGUCGACUGAAGGUCGAGCACUGAAGGUGGUGAGGGUUUCAAGUUCGAAAGGCAAGUCUGCGAAUCCUGCCAUAUGGAUUGAUGGAGGCAUGCACGGGAGAGAGUGGAUUGCUCCAGCGACUGCUCUCUUCAUUCUCAAGCAACUUGUUGAAAAUUACAAGACUAACAGAGCUGUGGUUGACGGAAUUGACUGGUACAUUAUGCCCGUGGCCAAUCCAGAUGGUUAUGAAUACAGCCAUUCUACUGACAGGUUUUGGAGGAAAAAUCGUUCAAAAGCAUCAAAAGAUAUUGAUGAUUAUGAUGAUUAUGGUGAUGAAGCAAGAUUUUUUUGGGAUGAUGUCAAAAGAUGUGAGGGUGUUGAUUUAAAUAGAAACUUUGAUUUUCAUUGGGGUGAAGUAGGGAUGAGCAAGAACCCUUGCAAAUCGACAUACGGCGGUCAACAUGCAUUUUCUGAGCCAGAAUCUAAGGCUAUAUCAGACUUCAUAAUGCGGCAGGGAGAUCAAAUCAAGAGUUACGUGACUCUGCACGCUUACAGCCAGAUGAUCCUCCUGCCCUGGGGGUUCACCAAGCAGACUCCGAGCGACCACUCUGAUCUCAUGUACGUCGGGCGGAAAGCGCUUGACGCUCUUCAGAAAGUUUACGGUACCAAUUACGAAAUCGGUACAUCACCGACUCUACUUUAUCCCACGUCUGGGAGUUCGGAUGAUUGGGCAAAAGGCAAAGCAGGAAUUAAAUACAGCUACACGAUUGAACUGAGGGACAAAGGGAAGUACGGUUUCCUUCUUCCGGCAUCUCAGAUAUUACCAACAGGGAGAGAAACUUUUGCAGCAAUUAAAACAAUAGCAAGACAUGUCACACUGGAAUAACAUUGAUAUAAACUGAUUAUUUUUAAUCAUAAA